CAACAUAUCAAUAUUGUCCACCCACCAUUGCGUUCAGCUGAUGUUUAUUUGAUAAUUUAUUAUUUCUCUCACGAAAUAUUCCCUAUAAUAUAUCAAAAUGGGUGCAUCAUUUGUUCCGAUUACCGUAUUUACAGUUCUCUGGGGCGUAGUUGGAAUUGUGUGCCCCUUCUUCGCUCCUAAAGGUCCGAAUAGGGGGAUCAUCCAAGUGGUGUUGAUGUUGACUGCAGCUACGUGUUGGCUGUUCUGGCUGUGCUGCUACAUGGCGCAGAUGAACCCACUCAUUGGACCCAAACUGGACACGGAGACCCUCAUCUGGAUGUCACGUACUUGGGGAAACCCGGCUACCGCUUGAACCAGCUCUUACACUCCAAUAAUUUCUUAAUUUUAAGUGUUACCAGUUCCAAUAAUAUCUGGAUAUGUAAAAAAAAAACCGGCAUUGAAUCAUGCAAAAACACAGUCGAUUAAGGCAUCUUUCAAACAACAAUCAUGCGUUUUGGAAUUACAAUGCCACAGACUUAUA